CCAACAUGGACCCGUGGCAAGGACGGGAUCUGAGUCUGCAACCACAAUAACACGACGGAGGAAAAGACGCAAAAAUAAAAGCCCAGUCGACGGCGCAGCCUCUCCGCUCCGACUCCGCCGCGAAGAACACACGGUUUGUUGGAUUCCUGCGUUUGUCACUGUUUCGCUGGCAUCCUGUCCCGCUGUGUCUAGCCUGGAUCGAUGGUGUCUGUCAGCAGCAGAGCGCUUAGUUUGGAGAAUGACCUGUUCAGGGACAGCGGCAGCAGCCUGUUCUCCCUGGGGCUGGCAGAGGGAGCAGGCAGUGAGGGGGGCAGUUCGGCCUCCUGUUGCAGCCCCGAGGCUGGUGAGCUGGCAGCAAUGCUCAGCUCCAGUCCUGGAGAGGAAGAGGAGGAGGAGGAUGAGGAGGAGGAUGGUGAUGGUGAAGACGAAGGGGGCCGUCUGCAUAUUUUCCUAGGAGCAGGGGGAGAGGGGGAAAGCCAAGCUGUGACCCAGGACCCCAGGCUGCCGGAUUUCCCCCUCCGCCUGCCGUCUCCGUUCUCCCCGACGCUGGAGGACAUUGAGGAGUUCCUGAGGGAGAAGAUGGAAGUGGUCAGAGAGGGGCUGCUGGACAAUAAAGAGCAGGCCUCCCCUUCCCAAUGCAGCUCCACUGAGUCCCCAUCCUCCACUGAACCCCCGCCUUCAUUUCAAGGGACUCAAAGCGACCCGGGCACCGGUGCCUCUCUGUGCUCGCCGAGUCCGAAUGCCCCUGAGAACCAGCAGCACAGCCCCGGUCCAGCCGACCAUCCCAUUUCUGCCCAAAUGUCCCAUUCACCAUCUGCUUCAGUCCCACCCGUGCUCCUGGGUGCUCCGCUGGUUCUCCAGCUGCAGCCCCUACCUCUGGCCCAGCCUCAAACCCAGGCAGGCUCUCCCUCCGGGGGUGCUAGCAGCAUCCAGCUGGCCCACCUGGUUGUGGGGGUCCAUGGUGCUGCAGGGCAAAAUUUCACCCUGUUGGCCCCUCAGAUGCCCUCCGCCUCCGCCACUCUGGUGCCACUGAGUGGUGGAGAACCCGGGUCAGCUGACCAGAAGUAUGUGAAGAUCGCCCCCCUGCCCAUCACAAUGAGGACUCUGGAGAUUACCGGUGUGGCAGGGGUCGGGGGCCAGGGUGGCGGCCUGUUGAAGGCAGUGGCUCCGCGGUUGUCCAGAGCACCCCCUACAGAGAUUCUAAGGGUCCAUAAGUGUUCCCACCCGGGCUGUGAGAAGAUGUACACCAAGAGCAGCCACCUGAAAGCUCAUUUCCGCAGGCACACAGGAGAGAAACCGUACACAUGUAGCUGGCCUGACUGUGGCUGGAGGUUCUCUCGAUCUGAUGAACUGUCUCGUCACCGGCGCUCGCACUCCGGCAUCAAGCCGUAUGAGUGUUCGCUGUGCGAGAAGAAGUUUGCCCGCAGCGACCAUUUAUCCAAACACACUAAAGUCCACCGCAGCUCCAGGCCCAGCAGGAUCAUCAGACCCACAGUGUGACACCCUGACCCGACCUGAGCCCCGCCCAGCACCCGACCCGCUCAACCAGCCCAGCCCGGCCUGGCCCGGCCCAGCCCACCCAGGGGGAGUCUGGGUGGUGUCCCUCAGGACUUUUGGUGCUUCACGAGCAGAACUUCCAGAUGAAUCUUGAGAGCCGGCUGCUGUUUGCCCCCUCAUAACCUCCCACCUUUCUUUCCUCUCCUGCUGCUUGUUGUCCUCUCCUCUCUCUUCUCCCGUCUCGUCUGCUAAACCUUCACUCUGAGCAGAUGUGUGCUUGUCUUAGUGCUACAACGAGCAAACAGCCACCUCAGGAAAAAAAAAAAGUUGCUCAGCUAAAAAUGGAUUAUUUCUGGCCUUCUUGCACGCACACACACAUCCAUGCAAACACACACACACACACACACACACAUGCACAGACACACAAACGAAGAUAAACCAGUCUCAGUCCCUCUUCCAACACAUUGCUUGCACUACUGUUCCUGUUAAUAGCAAUGCUAACUAAAUCCUCACAGCACUCUCUUUAACAAAGUUACAGUUCGGUGCUGUUUUUAGCAGGAUGUUAACUAGUAGCAGGAACUAAUGAUAACGUUUAACUUCACAAUCUGCCCUCUCGCUCCAGGCCAAACUUCAGGGUCCAUAUGCAUAAAGCUUCUUAUCGUUGUUUUUUUUUGUUUUUUUCUACGCAAACGCUGUUGGUUGUUGUGACUGUCAAAGUAUAAAGCUACUUUGUGUUUGUUCGUCCCACAUUUGGGUCACAUUCAUGCCAUGUGUUCCCACAUCACAAGGGCUGUGGUGCGCUCGGGAUUCACAUGGCUGAGUUGAGUGGCCAGCUCUAUAGGGUUGAAAUUAUAUUUUGUUGUUUUUCCACUUCCAUGAACUUUUGAGAGUGUACGUUCACUAUGCAUUAGAACUUGAUGUUUUGGAGUAAAACACAGACUUUGCUCAGCGAGGCAAAACCAGGAGGCUUUGCUCAUGAUUUGGCCAGUUGAGAAUAACUGUCAGUACAUCCAGCCCAGGCCUUUGUUGUGUUUGCCCGAGCAUAGUCCGCCCCGUCUUGACCUGUAUGCCUUUCCUCAAUCCCGGUAUCCCCUAAUCUCGAUUGAUGCCUUUGUCCGUGUCAGAAAAACCGCACUUGAUCCUACUUUUGUACUGAUAUCAUGUGACUGCUCUUAUUUAACUGUGAUUCCGAACUGGGGGUUGCCAAACCAGAAAUCCUUGUUCUGGCCCUGUGUGAGCAUGAAAACGACACCCUUGUUGCGUGACCUACAAUUUAUAAGCUCUUUGUUCUCUGUUUUUUUGAAAUCAUAGUGCAGCCGACUUAUGUGGCCGAGCAGCAAUUUGGUAUAUAUGUUGAGUCGACGGUGCAAAGUGAUGUGAAACACUGCUCUUUUCUUAUUUACAGUAACAGAAUUACUGUAAAACACUUUUUUUUUCUGUUUGGUUACGGCAGCAAGGAAAGCUAACGAUUUAAACACCUGGAAGGGCAGCUAAUCUCUAUUCAAUCAACUAUUAGCCUACUCGAUAUAAUAUGUACUGAAUAUAAUGGACAAUGUUAACAUGUAACAGAGCUUGUAGCCUUUAAAUGGAUGUUUUUAUCAAAGAGGAUUUUCAAUCAGUGCAUUAAGCUAUUUAGUAACGUUUCGGAGAGGUUUUGGUCUGUCAUGUGAGUUUGAUUGUAGCGUGAUCAGUCUGUGGAAUGCCACUGACUGAUUAUGGUCUGGGAUUUGAAGUCCCACUCUGCCCAUUCACAACCCAUUAAGCUGAGUCUGCUGGUCUCAAGUGCACUUGUGUUAGUGGAAAAGUGGAAGCAGUCAUUAUGCUUUAUGGCAAAUCCACGAAAUGUAUUCGAACCAUAAAAUGCCAAAAAAGCAUUUGUGUGUUUUUUUUUGUUUUUUUGUUUUUUUUCCACAGGAGGUUAAAUUGCACUGUGGCUAGUGCAGUCACUGUUAUCAUUUCCUCUUUGAUCUGAAAACAUUGGUGCUUGUUAACCGGUGCUUCACCAGACAUGGUUUGAAUAGACUAUAUACCUGACAGCAAAAAGCUUCAAAUAACUGGAUCAUCUUCGGUGAACCAGCACAUACUUGUACUCAUUACUACUCACUGUAGGCUACUGGCAAUCUUACCUAAUGGUGAGCAAAACUGGUGCUUUUGGACAAACUCAAAAGUAGAGCACUUCUGCAUGUGUAGCAAUGCACAUUGGUUCACAUAGCAAUCAUUAUCAUAUACGAUAUGUGUCUCGUAGUGUUAUGGAUACAUUAGGUUUCAUUCUUUUACAAAACAACCGUGCAUAGUAGAGUAGAAACCCAUUUAAAGCAGACAGGCGGGCAGACAUGUUUAUCUGUCUGAACCAGUGCUGUCUUUGUGUCUGAGCCUCCCCAGGCUGCUUCUACUGACCUACAUCCAGACCUGUAUUCCCUAAUCAUCAUCCUCUCUCUCUCUUUCUCUCUCUCUUUCCCCCCCUCUCUCUCUUUCUCUCUCUUUCCUUCUCUUUCCCUCUCUAUCUCGGUCCUGCCUGUACAUCUGUUGGAAUACAGGCUGUAUUUUUUGAAUACCAGAAAUGCUAUUUUCCUAUUUACAAAAAUAAAGUGCAAAAAAAUGUUGA